CCUCAUUACCAUACAGGGUGACGUCAGUGUUUGUGCUGCUGGCAGAAUACUCGUCUGGUUCGUCUGUAUCCACAACACGUUGGGAGUAUGACACAGACAGUGCAGACGAAUGGGGUGCAACCCCUCAGUAAGACAUGGGAACUCAGUCUGUAUGAGCUACAGAGGACUCCACAGGAGGCCAUCACAGAUGGGCUGGAGAUAGCCGUGUCUCCCAGGAGCCUCCACAGUGAGCUGAUGUGUCCCAUCUGUCUGGACAUGCUGAAGAACACCAUGACAACCAAGGAAUGUCUUCACCGUUUCUGUGCCGACUGCAUCAUCACCGCCCUCCGAUCAGGCAACAAGGAAUGCCCUACGUGCAGGAAGAAGCUGGUGUCUAAGCGGUCCCUGCGGCCGGACCCUAACUUUGAUGCCCUCAUCAGUAAGAUCUACCCCAGCAGAGACGAGUACGAGGCCCACCAGGAGAGGGUUCUGGCCCGCAUCUCCAAACACAACAACCAGCAGGCCCUGUCCCACAGCAUCGAGGAGGGCCUCAAGAUACAGGCCAUGAACAGGCUGCAGCGAGGGAAGAAGCACCAGCUGGAGAACGGGAGUGGGCUGGAGGACAACGGUGACUCCUCCCACUGCAGCAACGCCUCCGUCCACUCUAACCAGGAGGCGGGGCCGAGCAUCAAGCGUACCAAGACGUCAGAUGACUCUGGUCUGGACAUGGACAACGCUACAGAGAACGGAGGGGGAGGGGACGUGGCCAUGGACGGAGCCAGCGAGAUAGAACUGGUGUUCUGUCCUCAUCCUACGCUCAUGGACAAGGAGGACAACGUGCAGACCAGUGUUGAGUUUGUUCCCAGGUACAUCAAGACGUCGGGUAACGCCACAGUGGACCACCUGUCAAUAUAUUACCUGGCUGUACAACAUAAUUUAUAUCUGGAGGAACUGAGGAAGAACGGAUAGGCCAGCCCUGUCAACGCUGCCUCAGAGAAACAAUACACCAUUUAUAUCCCUACAGCCAACGGCCAGUUCACGGUGCUGAACGGGUCUUUCUCUCUGGAGCUUGUCAGUGAGAAGUACUGGAAGGUGAACAAACCCAUGGAACUGUACUUCGCCCCCACCAAGGAGCACAAGUAGACCGCCUGGAGUACACCUGGGGGGUAGACCGCCUGGAGUACACCUGGAGCACACCUGGGGGUAGACCGCCUGGAGUACACCUGGGGGUAGACCGCCUGGAGUACACCUGGGGGUAGACCGCCUGGAGUACACCUGGGGGUAGACCGCCUGGAGUACACCUGGGGCACCCUAUUUCCUAUGUAGGGCUUUGGCCAAAAGUAGUGCACUAUAUAGGGAAUAGGGUGCCCUUUAGGACACAGCCCUGGAUGAGACCUGCCAGGAGGACGAGGUGUCUAAUGGACUAUCUCUACAUCUCUCUCUACAUCUCUCUCUACAUCUCUCUCUACAUCUCUCUCUACAUCUCUCUCUACAUCUCUCUCUACAUCUCUCUCUACAUCUCUCUCUACAUCUCUCCCUCUCAA